GCCUUAAACUUUUCCAGACAAACAUAUCAUUCAACCGAAGGCCACCUCGUUCCGGAUGUACUACGACCGCGGUGAUCUACCUAUCAAAAUGGAGUACCUAACCGGCGGGGACAAAAUCGCCUGGACGGUCGACAUCGAUAAACUCGACUACGGGCUCUAUCUGCCGUUGUUCUUCGACGGGCUUUCGGAAACACGGCACCCGUACAAGACGUACGCCCGUCAGGGCGUUCAGGACCUGCUCUCGCACGGAGGAGACAAGAUUUACCCCGUCAUACCGCAACUUAUUAUACCGAUCAAAAAUGCCCUGAAUACCCGCAACAUGGAGGUCAUGUGCGUUACGUUGCGGAUCAUCCAGCAGCUGGUGAUGGCUUCGGAUCUCAUCGGGCCGGCCUUGGUGCCGUUUUACCGCCAACUGCUGCCCAUGUUCAAUGCCUACAAAGUGAAAAACAUCAACUCCGGCGAUGCCAUCGACUACGGCCAGAAGAACAACAUGAACGUGGGCGAUCUGAUCGACGAGACGCUGCAGGUGCUGGAGCGCCACGGCGGCGAGGAUGCCUUCAUCAACAUCAAGUACAUGGUACCGACGUACGAAUCGUGCUAUCUGAACUAGAGGAGACCCGGUACCGCAUACUAAAGUUACCACCCCGUUAGGAUGUUCGGAAGUAGGACCGGGUAAAAGUUUACUUCAUUUACGUAACUCGCGCAUAUUUACGGAUGCAAUAGUAGAUCGAAAGCAAAAAAUCGUCAAUGAUACCGAUAGUAUAUAGAAAAGUGGAAAUAAUUAACACAUUCGCAAUUAUUAGAAAAGUGCCAAAUUAGUCUAGUAAAAACGAUGGCUUAAACCGACGUACUACAGAGUAGCUAAUGUAGGAUAGAAGCAAUAUGCACAAUUAGUAAAGUUUAAAAGUUAUCUAUUAUGAGAAUAGUAGACGUAUCGCUGCAAUAAUUAAAUCGACACAAACGAAAUCAUGCAUAUUUCGAUUAAUUAUUAUACGCAAAACGGUGUAGCUAUAUAUGGAGCUUAAUUACAAUAUCAGUUAACAGCAAUAACAGUUAAUAGUAAAAUCACCAUUAACACGAUUCUUUGUUAAUAACUUACCACUUUUAAAAGCCAGCUUAAUUAGAGAAUUUCUCAAUUUUCUUCUACAAUUGAAACAAAAAACACCCAUGCGAAGAAUAUAUUCCAAAAUAAAUAUAUUUAUUUCGCUCAUCA